AUGGGAAGCAACCAGACAUGGGUCACAGAGGUCACCCUCCUGGGAUUUCAGGUCGAUUCAGCACUGGAGUUUUUCCUCUUUGGUCUUUUCUCUCUCUUCUACACCCUUACGCUUCUGGGGAACGGAGUCAUCCUGGGGCUUAUCUGCUUAGACUCAAGACUUCACACCCCCAUGUACUUCUUCCUCUCACACUUGGCCAUCAUUGACAUAUCCUAUGCUUCCAACAGUGUCCCCAAGAUGCUGGCAAAUCUUGUGAGUCAGAAAAGAACCAUCUCCUUUGUUCCUUGCAUCAUGCAGACAUUUUUAUACCUGGCUUUUGCUGCCACAGAGUGCCUGAUUUUGGUGGUGAUGUCCUAUGACAGGUACGUGGCCAUCUGCCACCCCCUGCAUUACACUUUCAUCAUGAGCUGGAGAGUGUGCUCUGUCCUGGCCAGCGCUUCCUGGGCAUUUAGCUUCCUCUGGGAUCUUGUCCACCUAGUUCUCAUCCUGAGGCUGCCCUUCUGUGGGCCUCAUGAAAUCAACCACUUCUUCUGUGAAAUCCUAUCUGUCCUCAAGCUGGCUUGUGCCGAUACUUGGUUGAACCAAAUUAUCAUCGUUUCAUCCUGUGUUUGCAUUUUAGUCGGGCCCCUCGGCCUGGUGCUGCUCUCCUACGCGCGCAUCCUGGCCGCCAUCCUGAGGAUCCAGUCAGGUGAGGGCCGCAGAAAGGCCUUUUCCACCUGCUCCUCCCACCUCUGCGUGGUCGGGCUCUUCUUUGGCAGUGCCAUCAUCUUGUACAUGACCCCCGAAUCCAGCCAUUCUCAGGACCAAAGGAAGAUUCUGUCAUUGUUUUACAGCCUUUUCAACCCUAUGCUGAAUCCCUUAAUCUACAGUCUGAGAAACACAGAGGUGAAGGGUGCCCUGAGAAAAAUUCUAGGGAAGAAGAGGUCAGUGUGA